CUGCUGCUGUCCUGCUCUUUCCCUUUGCUCACAGUCAAUGAGCCUUGGCACACAGGGACAAGCUGUGGUCUCUGACUGCUUUGUUCUCUUUGACUUGAGGUGGACGUGUUGAUAUCUCACCUGGCAGCCUGCGAAGGCUUCCAGCAAAUGCCGGCUGAUGAAGAGCCCCAAGGUCGGCGGGAGGCACAGAUCUACGCAGGCUCUUCCAUUCAAUCUGCUGCAGCAGCAGCAGCAGCAGCAGCAUCUAAAGGAGCCUUUGUUCCCCAAGCUGAGCAGUGGAUCCUGGGCAGUUUGUCCAUUUCCAGCAGUGACACAUCUGCUGCUCAGCUCCAGGAGAGCCAGGGAGACUUCGUGGAGCAACUGAGGAGAAUGGUGAACAAGGAAAAUCCCAUCACAAAAUACAUUGAACUGGAAAGUCUUGGCAGCGGGGGUUUUGGAGAGGUUUCCAGAGCACUUGACAUUGCAACAGGAGGAGAGGUGGCCAUAAAGAAAAUAAAUGUGCAAGGAGUGAGUAGGAAGAUACUAACCAUGAAUGAAAUCAGGAUCAUGGAGAGCAAUAGGAGUCCCAGGAUCGUGAAUUACUUAGCCAGCUACCUUGUGCAUGAGGAACUCUGGCUGGUGAUGGAGUACAUGGACGGAGGCACUCUGAGAGAUCUCAUCGACGAGAUUCAAAUGUCUGAAGGAGAGAUUGCAGCUGUCAGUCGGGAGGUCAGGGAUCCCAUCUGUGCUUCCAAGGCCUUGAGCUGCAUUGUCUGGGAAACAGGGGCUCAGAACGGGAGGGAUUUCAUGGGCCAAGCUUGGUUUCUGUGCUGCUGCUCGGCUAUGGGCAAGCAAGAGCAUCUCAAGGGAACUGUCUGCCAGUGCCCCUACACUCACUGGACUCACUUCCUGUACUCUUAUCCCCUGCUCUUGUAUUCUAUCUCUGUCUCAUGCACUGGCAUUUGCAGUUCUCCACUGAGAAAGGUGCUGCUCUGCUCCUGUUGGAGCAGCAGGCUCUUGCUCUCAAUGGCGCUGUGUUCU